AGAAGAAGUGGUGAGGGAAGAUGGCAAUAAGCAAGAAGAAAGUGAAAAUGCAACUGACCAGAUUAAUCCGCCAGUCAUUGACAUUGAAAAUAAACAUGAACAAAAGAAAGAGCAUGAACAAGAUCAGGUGGUUGAGGAGUCUAAACCUGGCGAGCCUCAGAUUCAAGAGCAUGAGCAAGACCAGGUCAUUGAGGAGUCUAAACCUGGCGAGCCUCAGAGUCAAGCUGAUGAUGAUGAUGAUGAUGAUAAUAAUUCCUACAGCAUCAGAAGAAGAAGAUCAAGAACGACAAGAAGAAGAAGAAGAAGCGGUUAGUGUGGCAGAGGAAACAAAACCGGUUGUUGAGGUAGAGGAAGCACAAAAAGAGGAUCCACAAGAACAGAAGGCUGAAGAUGUACAUCACGAGGAUGAGAAUAAGAGCCCAGAUGAAAGCAUUGAUCAUCCAGAACCAGAAGAGCAAAAGGUUGAUGUUGAAGCAAAGGAAGAAGAAAACCACAAUGGGCUUACAGAAGAAAUGGAGAGUGAGAACAACGAAGAGGGAAAGGAGGAGAAGGAAGUAGUGGAGGGAGAAACAGAUGGAGGAGUUAAAAUGAAGGAAGGAGAGGAUAACGAUAAUGAUGAGGAGAAGGAGGAAGUCGAAGAGGAGAAGGCUGAAUCAACACCAAAACAACAAGGUGCAGAGGGGCAAGGGAAGAAGGAGACGACUCAGGUAUCCAAUAACGUAAUAGAAGAAACAGCAAGCAAACUGGAGAAGAGGACAAACAAGGUAAGAGCAUUGGCUGGGGCAUUUCAGACUGUCAUUGACCAUCAAUCCAAAUGAAACAGGCAUCUACCUAUUUUAUGUGUUAUACUUGAAAAUUAAAUAAUCAUAAAGUAUGAUGAUUUUUAGUAGAAAGCAUUCAUUAUUCAUACUUUGUGAUCAUUUCAUUCUUCAAUAUAAAGAAGUUAUUGCAUAAGUUCUCAUGUAUCCCUCCAGAACCGGAGGAGCAAGGUUGUCCUAAACUUCAUCAUUUGUAAAUCAUUUCCUUCAAUAUGUAAUAGCAUUUCUCUGUCUACUCUGCCACAGAUAACCAUACAUGUAAACAAGCUCAACCAACAUCACCUC